CCACCUUCGGUCAUGUGACUCAUUUGCACUGUAUGUUUACAUUUCAACACUUCCUAAUUCAUACCGAACUUCUCGGGGGAUAGAUCUAGAUCUAGAAUUAAUAACAUCGCUUUUGGAGAUUGAAAAAGUCAGCAGCCGAACUAUGGGACUCUCGAAGUUCCUGCUAGUGCUGUGCUUUUCUCUAGCCGGUGCCCUGAACGUGCAUCGCAUGUCUGCAGACGACCAACGAGAAAUGUUUAACCGAGAUGUCAAAGAUGCCAAGGUUGCUGCUGUCACUUUUGCAUUUGCAAAACAAUUCCAGAACCACAUGGUGUUACAGCGAGCACCGCAGAGAGCCAAUAUUUAUGGAUUCUCUCCAACCAUUGGACAGAAAGUCACACUAGAACUGGUGACAGUACCAGCUACCAAGACGUACAGCUAUGAGACAGUAGUACAUCAGGGACAAGGUGUUGGUGUCGGCGCCUGGAACUUCGUCCUUGACCCCUUCGCCGCCGGCGUUGUCGUCAACAUCAAGGUGGUCUCUGCUGGCGUGUCCCACAACAUCUCUGACGUCAUCUUUGGUGAUGUUUGGGUCUGCUCCGGGCAGUCCAACAUGCAGUUCAUCCUUUUGCAAGUAGAUGGCGCUGCCCAGGAAAUCGCCGACGCCCACAACUAUAACAUCCGGGUAAUGACCGUCGGUCUGACUGAGUCGUCCACGCCUCUGUAUGACCUGGCCAAGAUUUCAGAGCCCUGGAGCAGAGCUAGCAACAGCACUGUAGGUCAUUUCUCUGCCGUCUGCUGGCUCUUUGGCAAAAAUAUCUAUAGGUCCAGGCACAUCCCCAUCGGUCUGGUGGCUACGUCAUGGGGCGGUACGCCAAUAAAGGCUUGGUCAUCUCCCUUGGCCCUCGUCCACUGUGGGCUUCACCAUGAGGAAGAAACUGAACAACCGCAGUCCUACACUGAAUACGUAAAUAAGGUUGGGCCUGAAGACAGACACAGACUCCAGGGCCCAGGCAACAGUUCCGUCUUGUGGAAUUCAAUGAUCCAUCCUCUGCUCGGGAUGACCAUCUACGGCGCCAUCUGGUAUCAAGGAGAAAGUGACUCCAGCGGCGUCGCCAGAGAUAAAUACAACUGUACAUUCCCCACAAUGAUCAAAGACUGGAGAAGUAACUGGAACAGGGCGUCCAAUGGUCAGACUAGUAACACUUUCCCCUUUGGCUUCGUACAGCUGGCACCGAAUCAUCCAAGCCCAGGGCCUACAGCUGGGUUCGCUGACAUACGUUGGCACCAGACAGUAGACAGAGGAGAUGUCCCCAACCCUGACAUGACAAAUGUGUUCAUGGCUGUGGCUAUGGACUUGCCAGAUUUUAAUUCUCCAUAUGGCUCUAUUCAUCCACGUUACAAAAGAGACAUUGGAGCGAGACUCGCUUUAAGCGGACUGGCCGUGGCCUACCAUCAGAGCGGCAUCUUCCAGGGCCCACUGCCCACAGGCUCCCACGCAUCUGCUGGCGGUCUUAUUGUGGACUAUGGUAACACUUGGAGGCUUCAUGUGGUCAUCAAUGACGGGUUUGAGGUCCAGUGUGCUCACUUGAGGUGGGUCGCUGACCCUAUAGUGGCCCACACCAACACCACGGUCACGCUGAAGCCAAAUGUUUGCCACGCAGGGGAGAAAAUCACUGGUCUCCGCUACGCCUGGAGUGAGUCCCCCUGCGCUCUUCAUAGCUGUGCCAUCUACGAGACAUCCCAUAAUUUACCAGGACCACCAUUUAUAUCGUAUGCUGACUUUGAUCCAAAAGGAGAACCAUAUUUUACUUUUGAUCGUCAGACACACAUCAGAAACUAAUGUUAACGAUAAUAAGAUAGGCCUAUAUCUUUUUAAUGUAUGAAUAGUUGUAUUUUUGUUUUCUUUAUAAUAUGUAUAGAAAAGUUUUUAAUUUGUGUUAGUCCAUAUUUUUAUGGUAUAAAUUAUAUAAAACUGGAUCUA